AUCAACUUCAACUUUGCAUUUCCUAUCUUCUACAUAUCUUUCCAGGUUUGGAUGAGAAUCUUCAAGAAUGAAUUUAAAGAAGAGGGUCGUUGGAAAAACAAACUAGGAGUAGAACCUCUUCUUUAUAAUCUUCCUGUCUCAAGAACUCAUUCCCUUGACUCUCAUCACUAUCACUCACCAUCUUCAAUUCCAAUUCCUUUCAAGGGUUCUCCUUGCUCAUGUUGAUAACCUCGAUUCAUUGAUCCUCAAUUCCUCAGAACUAUCGACUUGUUCUUUCAAUCCUUUCGUUUUAACUAAAACAUCCCAAAUUACUACAACCAUCAAAUAACGUCUGACGAACACAAACCUUUUGAUUUGGAUCAUUCAUUGAUUAUCUAAAAGGAGAAGAAUGAAAUCCCAUUUGGUCAACCAUCGACGAUUACUUUUAUCAAUCUCAAGUUUCUUACUUUUCACAAGAUGGAUCUUAUGUGAAUCAUCAAUAGAAGUUUUAACGAAUUCGACUGGCUCUGAAUCUCAUUUAGUCGAUUCUAGUGGAUUCCCAUGGGCUUCAAAUUCGACUCCUAUCAGUUUAUCUUAUGCUGGUCUGAUCACCGUACGACAAACUUUGGCGUAUCAAGCUAAACUGUUUUAUUGGUUUUUUCCAUGUACUACUAAUCCUCAAGCACCAUUGAUCAUUUGGCUUCAAGGUGGACCAUUUAGUUCAUCUAUGAGUGGUCUGUUUCUUGAAUCUGGACCACUUAGAAUCCAAACCAAACCUGGUGUUAAACUAAGUCCAUCUACUCAAAACGAAACGAUUGAUGAUUUCAUUCUUUCUACCAAUCCAUCUACUUGGAAUCAACAUUUCAAUAUGGUUUUCUUAGAUCAACCAGUGGGCACUGGGUUUUCUUUUGUUGAUCCACCGAUCUUGGUCAAUGAUACUGGUGGGAAACAGUCCUUACCAACUCUUCUGAAAAGGUCUUUGGAUGGAUGUACAGAUCCUUCGAAUUGUUCAGUUUCUUCUUCUAAUAAUACGUCAGAAGAUCCUGAUUACCAACAUGGAUAUGUGAAAAACCAAAAAGCGAUAGCCAAAGAUUUUUUAAGUUUCUUAGAUGAAUUUUAUCAAAGAUAUCCUUCUAUGAAAAAAGUGAACUUAACGAUCUCAAGUGAAUCGUAUGGAGGUAAAUAUGUUCCUACAAUUGCUACUGCUAUCACAGAACAUAAUCAAAAGUUUCCAAAUGAUUGUAUACCUUUGAAAUCUUUAACAAUCGGUAAUCAAUGGACGGAUCCUUAUACCCAAGUAGCUACCAACAUAGACCAACUGGUCUGGUUCGGUUUGAUAUCAACACAACAAGCUAAAAAUGCUUCAAUCUUAUUAAACGAAUCUCGAUCUGAGAUUUUAAAAAAGAAUUGGACCUCAGCUUUAAGUCAUCGAUUAGAUAUGUUUGAUCUUUUGUCUAAUUAUACGGGUGGAGUGAAUUGGUAUGAUGUUAGGAUGAAAAAUGUUCAAUUUGAUCAAAAACCAAUGAAUCAUUUUCUACGUUGUAAUGAAACGAAAAGGAUUUUACAUGUUCCUACUAAAUAUCGAUUCGGACAAGAUGAUGGAAUGUUUGAAAUCUUUCAAGAUGAUAUUAUGCAGUCAACUAAAGAUUUGUUUCCCCAACUUUUCAAAACUUAUAAAGUUUUAAUGUAUCAAGGAAAUAUGGAUCUUAGAGAUGGAGUAGCUUCUAAUACAGCUUGGCUUUCUUCUUUAGAUUGGGAUGGACGUGAUGGGUUUGAAACGGCUCCAAGAAAAUUAUGGAAAUCUCAAACAGGUGAAUUGUUUGGGUAUGCCACUCAAUUUGAGAACCUCAGUAGAGUGAUCCUUUUAGGUUGUGGUCAUCUUGUACCGGCUGAUAAUGGUUGUCCAAGUUCUUCUUUAGAAAUGAUGAUUCGUCAUCAUACUCAAUCGAAUUUCAUCUAAGAACCAAAAAGAAGAAACGAUUUUUUUGAAAAGAAAAUCAAUGGACAAUUCAUUAACAUUUUGUUUGGGUUUUACUUUUUGUCUUUUAAAUUUUUAAUUUAAUUCUCUUACACACAUACACAUCAAGAAAGAAUGAAUGAAAAAAAAACACAUUACUUAGAAAGUAUAGUAUACAUUUGCCUAUUUUCGUUUUCUCAUUUAUUCGGUUUCUUUCUUUGAGUAUGGAUUGGGAGGUUUGGACAAUUAGAUUUGGUUGUGAUUGUGGGUUUUUCUUACGUUCUUGAGAUGAAGAAGGUUUAGAAUUUUUGGUUGGGUCUUAUACUAUCGUUUAAUUUAAAAUAUACUAUCAUUUAAUAUUCGUAGAUAUAUCAGUGAUGAGUUAUGGUUUGAAAAGUUUACCAUAUAUCCGAUCAU